GACGAGAUGGAGGAAGUCAUGGAAAACCAAGUAAUUAAAGAUUUACGCCGUUCAUUCGCAAAUUUCAGAGAAGACAAUAAUGAAGGCUGCCAUGUCGUGAUUGCUGUUCAAAGGUGUUUGGAGGUCAGAAACAUUUUAAAGACCUUGACAGCCGUCUUGUUGGAACAGGAAAACAAAGACAUAUUAGAGUUCAUUGGAUGGGAAUUGAUUGGCGUACUUGUUCAACAAGAAGACUUCCAAGUAGCAAAUGAUUACUACAGUGAUUUACUAGAGGCUAUAGCAGAGAACUGUAGCCCUAAGGAGGUGUGUUUGGGAAUUGUUGAACAAAUGGACUCCAAUUUAAAUUCAGAAGUAUUUUUAACUUUACUGGCUCCAUUACAAAAAGUUUUUCAGAGAAUGAAAGGAAGAAAGUCAAAGUUCUUCAAGAUGGCUAUUCCAAGGAUUCUACAUCACAUAGCUAUGAUACAUUCACCUGUCAAUGAACAGAGUGAAUCAAGUAUGAGAGAAAACAAAACUGACUUAUCAUCAACUCUAGACAGAGUUCUCAUGCUCCUAGGAUGUCUUGUUAAUGAUGCAAAGACUGGAGCAUGCAAGCCAAAUAAUAAAGAUGAUCCAGAGUUGAAAGCACAAAACUGGGAGCUGGAGAAAUGUUUAACUAGAAUGCUAGAGACACUAGCAUUUGAAAACCUUAGCAUGGCUAAAAGUUCUGACUCAGUGGACAACAAAGAAGAUUAUGAAUUAACAUCAACAGAAUCGUACAGAGAUCAGGCACAAAGGAUAUUGAGCUUGUUACAAGAUUUACAGAGCCAAGUUUACCUGUUAGAGUAUGCUUCUGUGAAUUUAGAAUGCUACACUAAGAAACAAACACCUACUGUAAAACCAAAUGAUGUUUGUGCAGAUGAGCAAGGAAAUGAGAAUGAAGAUGACGAUGAAAAAGAGCUUCUGUCUCUCCUUGGACUCGGUUGUUAUGGAUACUUAGUACUGGCAGAAAACGUGGCUCAUAUUCCACAAGUAUUUAGCAUAAAAUAUUUAUUAAAAAUAAACAUGGUGUACAUAGCAUGUCUUUUAGAAAGAACUGAAAAUCAAGUCAUUUACAAAGGACUGGAACUCCUUGAUUCAUUAAUACGAUACAUAGCAGAGGGAACUGUUGAACAUAACCUACUGACUUCCCCUGGAUUACUGGACAUAUUUAAGAGAUUAAUCAAUGUAAUGAUAUAUUGUACAUCAAAAAUACUUAGACAGAGGGCUAUGAGGAUAUUCCAGCAGCUAAUAUCUAAACUAGAUACAAGAGGGUGUUACAUGAUAUCAAGGUAUUUACUUCUUGAUUGUACUCAUGCGGGGGUGGCUGGAUUGUUAAUACAUAACAUCAAAGAAGAAGUCCAUAAGAAUCUAUAUUCCCAAGAUUAUGACAUGUGGUUCAGAGGCAAGCAACUGGUAAGCCUCUUGUUGCAAGUGUGCAAGCUACCCAAAGGAGUAGGAAGAGAGAGAGAUCUCAUACCAGAAACAGAAAGAGUAAUGGGUGCUCUCAAUUGUCUUCGAUACAUACUGCUUAGUGACCAUGAUGACAAGACGACAUUGUGGAAGAACUACUCUCUGUUUGAAAAAGAAUUUCUACUGCCUUUGAGAGAAGCUGUCAAAGUCACAAAAUUAAAUUAUCUUUCCAUGCAGAACAAAAACACAGAAGAAAAGAAACAACCAGUAGAUAAAGAGAAAGAAGAGAUAGAAUUCAAAGUGACCACACCUGAUGGCACACCGAUAGAUGAAAUGUCAAGAGAAGAUCAAAACCAGGUUUUGCAGUCAGGCCUGUAUGCCUUAGAGACGAUGGAAUGCAUCCUUGCACACAUCACAGAAAUUGUAAAUUCAAAAACUAGAUAACAUCUUAAAAUUUUAAUAAUAAAUUAUUAUAUUAAUUUAUAGCUAGAGUUUUGUAAACAUGACUUAUACUAAUUUGUCUUUCUGAAGCCGAAUGAAAGACUCUGGUAAAUAAACUCAUGGAGCUUAUGACAAAUAGACCUUUCUCAAAUUUU